AUGAAGAUGGAAAAGGAUAAUCACAUCGACCAAGUAGAUAACUUGCAACUUGACCAUUGGAAACUCAUUCUAACACAGGAUUCAGAGCUUGCCAAAAUUUGGAAACUGACCAUCUAUGUAAUCAUCAUGAUAUUUCAAGAAACAAGACAGACUCUUACAGAGCUUUUCAUGCCUAACAAAAUGCUGGCCAAGUCACGCCUGCGGGCGUGGACCAAUACCGGACCGGAGUGGUGCCCUCAGCCCUCUCCCAGACGCCAGCCCUCCCUGUCCGACGCACCCACCAUCUGUGUCCUGCCCCAGGGAGAGCCCGGGAGGCUCAGUCUGAGCGCCCCCUCCCCUCCAAUCGGCCGAACUCCAACCUCGCACCUUCAUGGGCACAUCAACACCCAGGGAGUGAGCACCUCCAUGAGGAGAGAGCCCCGGCCUAGCCUCCCGGGAGGACCGAGGCACAGAUGCCCCAGGCAUUUCGACACCCCGCUAGAUCCGGAUCCGGAGGUCUCCGGUGCCCACACCCCACUCGAGCCACUGGUCACUCACCGCGCGUCGCGGGUGUGCGGGCGGCGGCUCAGGCCGGCGCGCUCCCGGCGCUCCCCGCGCACGUGUCGCGCUAGCCCCCGGCGCUGCGAGCUUCCCCCCGCCAGCGCGCGCCCUCGGGCCGCCGAGUCCGCAGCGCGCGGCUGGUCGACCCCGAGGGUGGGAGCGGCGGCGCCAGGGCUCGCGGAUGUGGGGGCGAGCGAGGAACGCGGUCGCAAGUUUCAGCGGCCGGACGCUGGGCCCCGCCGGCGCCUGCGGUUUCUACGCCGCCCUCCCAGCGGGCCGGGGCCGCGGCCCGGUCCUGCCACCGGUGGGCUCCCGGCGCCGCCUUGAGCAAGGUUGGUUAAUUUUGUCACCAUCCUCCAAACCAUCUAAUCUUACAACUUUAAAGUAGUGGUGUGUGAACUGAAGUGGGGGAUGUUUACAAAGGGAAUUUCCUGAUUUAACAUGCAAAAAGGUUUGUGA